UUUAUCUCUGGGACUGAGGAGGCACAGGAGGUGGUCUCAUUGAUAGAACAGUAUUCCGAGGCGUCAGGCUCCAAGGUCAACCGGGACAAGUGUGACGUUUUCUGGAUGGGUAGGGAAGGUGAGAGCUUUUCAUUUCCGGAUGCCUUCCUGGUGCCCCAGCAGAAAGUUAAAAUUCUAGGCAUUGAAUUUGGCCCUGCUGAUUAUGGCAAGUCAAAUUGAGUAGCUAGGCUGUCCGUUGCCGAGGUCAAAGUGAGAUGUUGGAAGGGGUGGCGGCUCUCCUUAAGGGAAAGGGUUGAUUUGAUCAAGACUUUCCUGGUCCCCAUCUUUUUAUAUGUCAGUUUCACUUGUCUCUUGCCAGAGUCUCUCUAUACGAGGGUCUACAGUUGUUUCUUCUAGAUGUUAUGGGAGGAACAGGCUGAACCUUGUCAAGCGGGAUGUGACCUAUUCAUCCAGGCGGGAGGAUGGCCUAGGUAUGGUCAACCCAAUUGUGUUCUUCUCUCUAAUGUUUGUUAAACAUAAUUUUGGUAGCAUGUUGGCAGAGAGACCACCUGCAUGGGUAGGCCUGUUUUGGGCCUGGUUUAGACCCUUUCUCGACUGUUGGGAGAGAGGCGGGCCAGUGAAAAGUCUGCCUGUUAAGCAUGGAAACUUCUGGGUGAGAGGAUUGUGGCUACCACUUUUCAUGCGCCACUGACCUUGAAAGAUUGCCCAAGCCAUAUUAUGCGGGAGGGUCUACGUU